ACAAAAGAAGAAAGCAAAGAAGCAAGAAACAUUGCUUUAGAGGGAACAUCGCAAGAUCGAGAAGUGUAAAAAAGUUUAACUUUCCCAAUAAACGACGAACAGAUUUCUAUUUUUUUCUUAUUAAUUUCCCCCUCUUGUCUUCGUCAUUCACCUGAAGAGAAAAAAAACAGAGGAGAGAAAGAGCAAAAGCAACUACACCUUUCUUUAAUCGAUUCUCUUUCUCUCGAUAAGACAUUGAUGGGAUCGGAUCAAGAAGACUAACUCGUCAACGAAGAAGAAAACAUUCUCGAUCAACGUCAAAAAAAAGCUGUAUCGAACACCUUCAAUGGAUCCUUCAACCGAUCACGCCUCUUCAUCUUCCAAACCAAGAAACACUCAUACCAAAUCCAAACCCUCCGUUACGUCACGUUCCAUCGACUCAAGAGCCACCAAGAAGCAAGAACCGCCGUUAUUAACAACAGAAACUUCCCCUGAAGUUCUACAACACCACUCUGUUUCAUCAUCUCACAUCACACGCAAGAAGAAACAACAAGCAGAGCCGAGGUUCUACCCUAGCCCGACCAACACGUUCUACACAGCACCGCUCUACACGGAAGCCAAGCAGAGCUUCAGCGACUGCGCGAGCACGCUCGGCGGCGUCGGAGGGAUCGAUCUCGAGAAGAUGGGUGUGUUGACGUACAGAGGAAGCACGGGGAGCGACGAGAGCAGCUCGAGCGGGCUGAGCAGCAACGGUGCCGGUUACAACAAGCCUCACAGGGCUAACAACGACAAGCGGUGGGUCGCGAUCCAGGAGGUUCGGUCUCGGGUCGGGUCGUCUCUCGAGGCUAAAGACUUCAAGCUGGUGAAGCGGCUCGGAGGAGGCGACAUCGGGACUGUUUACUUAGCGGAGUUGAUCGGAACGGGUGAGACUUUCGCCGUGAAGGUCAUGGAGAAGGCAGCUAUUGCGGCGAGGAAGAAGCUCGUUAGGGCUCAGACGGAGAGGGAGAUACUACAGUCGUUGGAUCAUCCGUUCUUGCCUACUCUCUACUCUCAUUUCGAAACGGAGAAUCACUCGUGUCUCGUUAUGGAGUUUUGUCCCGGUGGUGAUUUGCAUUCUCUCCGGCAGAAACAGCCCGGAAAGUACUUCCCGGAACAUGCUGCUAGAUUCUAUGUUGCUGAAGUGCUUCUAGCCAUGGAGUAUCUACACAUGCUUGGCAUCAUAUACAGAGACCUAAAGCCAGAGAAUGUAUUAGUACGUGAAGAUGGACACAUAAUGCUAUCAGACUUUGAUCUCUCCCUGAGAUGUUCAGUCUCUCCGACACUAGUUCGAUUCGCAGCAACCACCACACUCGAAUCCAAACCCUCAAGCUACUGCAUCCAGCCGAGCUGCGUAGACAGCCAGAGCUGCAUCGUUCAGCCAGACUGCAUCCAGCCGGUGUGUUUCACUCCACGGUUCUUAUCCAAAAGCAAGAACAAGAAGAAACUAAACGAGACGGCACGUCAAGUCAGACCACUCCCGGAGCUGAUGGCUGAGCCGACAAGCGCGAGAUCCAUGUCCUUUGUCGGGACACACGAGUACUUAGCGCCAGAGAUCAUCAAAGGAGAAGGGCACGGAAGCGCGGUUGACUGGUGGACGUUCGGGAUAUUCCUAUACGAGCUUCUGUUCGGGAAGACACCGUUUAGAGGAGACGCGAACAGAGCGACGCUGUUCAAUGUGGUUGGACAGCCGUUGAGGUUUCCUGAGCAUCCUAGUGUGAGCUUUGCGGCUAGGGACUUGAUCAGAGGGUUGCUUGUGAAAGAGCCUCAGCAUAGGUUGGCUUAUAGGAGAGGAGCUACUGAGAUUAAGCAGCACCCGUUUUUUCAGAGUAUUAACUGGGCUUUGAUCAGAUGCACCAACCCACCUCAAGUUCCACAGCCGGUGAAGAUCAUGGAUAAUGCUGCUCAGAGUCAAGGACAUGGUUGUAGCCGUAGUCGAGGAGAUGUUAAGCCGCCAACUGUUGAUGUGAAGCCUUCUGGUAAUUAUUUGGAGAUUGAUUUCUUCUGAAUUUGUCUGUGUUUCUCAGUCUUGAUUCUAUGACAAGCAUGUAUGGUACUCAAAUUGUAUAAUGAUCUUUGCUUUUGGGGAUUGUCUAGACUGUUUUGUGAUGUGUUUUUAUCUUAGUGGAUGAUUUGAUGACUA